AUAAACACGAAAAGUAAAAUUAAUUUAUAAUUUUUUAAAAAGAACUUAUUAUUAAAAUAAAAUUAAUUAAUUAAAUAAUAAUAAUUAUAAAAAUAAAAAGGUGGUAGUUUUAAUAAUAAAUAAAAUCAUGGAUGAGCCAGCAAAAAAGAAACAAAGAAUAUUAAAUGGCAAUGAUUGUAGUGAUGAUGAGCUUGUUAAUGAAAUUGAAAUAUUUCAAAAAAGUUUAUUAGGCCAAUGUUUAUGUGAAAUGCCUGAAAGUAGUUUACGUAAACCAUUUGUAUCAACAUCAAGAGCAUCAACAACAGAUAUUAAUAGAACACAUGGUAUACUUGCUGAAUGGAAUCCAGAUAGAAUAUUAGAAUUUCUAAGUGGUUUACAAUUAUUAUUUGAUCUUGCUAUUAAACAAAAUACACGUGGUUUAAUGUGUCGUAGAGUUGCUGAAGUAUGUGAAGCAUUAUCACGUAAUGAACAUGGUAUUAUUGAUCAAUUAAUUGAUUUAUCAAAUACACAUAAUAAAUAUAUAUUAUAUACAGCAAGUCGUGCAUUAGCAUCAUUUUUUAUAAUAACAAAAGAUAAUACUGAAGAAAUAUGGCUUGAUAAAUUAACACAAUCAUUAGUUAAUACAAAUUUACCAAGUCAAAUGUUAUUUACACUUGAUGUUGUUAAACGAGUUGUUGAACAUAAAGAUUAUGAUAUACAUCCAAGUGAAGAUGAUACAACAUCAACAACAAUAUUAUCAUCAUCAUCAGCAGCAUCAUCUUCAUCAUCAUCAUCACUUGUACCAAUUAAUUGUAAUACACUUGUUAUAUCUGAUCCUGAAAGUGUUGAUAGUACUGCUAUUAAAGCAUUGUGUGUUAAAGCACUUGAAAAAAAAUGGUCUCUAUUAGUUGAUAAAUUUGAUACAAUACUUGGCUCAUAUACACCACAAUAUGAAUCAGCAGUUAUAACAUUUCUUGAUUUAUGGGAAUCAAUAAUAUCAGUUAAAGCAAAUUUAUCUGUUAUUGAUACAAAAUUAUUUUAUUCAAAGUUAGAUAAUUUGGUACGUUUAUUAAAUGGUAAUGUACCUGGUAUAAUAUGGCGUCAUUUACUUGGUUUAUUUAAUGAAGUAUUGUGUUAUGGUAGUACAUUAGCAUUACAAGAUAUAUUACCAGAUGAACCAUGCUCAUUAGCACAUUUAAUUGUACGUGCUGUUAAAGAUUGUAGAUUAUUAGAUGGUUUACCAUAUCGUCAUGGUUCUGGUAGAUUUGGUGGUGGUACUGGUGAUGGUGAUGGUCCAUUAUUACAAAAAAUAGUAUUACUUGUACUUAAAAGUGUUGCUGUAACUGUUAAAGAAACACGUAGUGAUACAAGUGAUUCAUCAUUAGAAUCAGAAGCUGAUGAUCUUGAUGAUGAUAUGGCAGUUAUUGAAAGAAGUAUUAGAGAAGUAUUACGACAACUUGAUCAAUGUGUUAAAACGUUAAUGCCAUUUCAUCCAGAAAUGCCAUUAUCACAAUGGGUUGUACAAAUGUUUCAUGAUCAAGAUGAUUUUUUAAUUGAGGGUAUGGUUUGUUGUCUUGAUGUUGCUGUUGGUUUAUUCUAUCGUAGUACAAUACAAAAUAAUACAAUGAUACAAUAUCCACAUGAUCCAAUGUUAAGUCCAAGUUUAACAUUUGUACAAUUUGUUAGAACAGUAUCACAUGAUCCAGAUGUAUUAUUGGAUUUACUUGUUAGUAAUGAAACAUGUUUUUUACUAUAUCUAUUGAGAUUUUUAAAAUAUGUUAAAAGAAAUUGGGGUGAAUUUGUAACUUGUUGUGGAAGAGAACUUGAUGAUACCAUGACAGUACUUAUAAGACUUAGAUUAGCAAUUGAUAGACUUGUUUCAAAAGCAUUAUUUCCAUAUAAUAUUAAUCCAAUUUUAAGAUUAUUAAGAGAAUGUGAAUCCUUUUAUGAGGGUGACAUAGAUAAUUGAAUUUAUAUUUUGAAAAAAAAAUUUCCUUUUUUUCCUGUAACAGUAUUACCAUUUUCUUAUUUUAUUUUUUUCUUUGGUAUAUAAAUUAUAUAUUUAAAUACAAUCAUUACUAUAAAUUCCAAAUUUUUUUUUUUUUUAUUUAACAGAUUAUUUUAAAUUAUUGUAAAUGUUCAUCUUCAUUAUUAUUAUUAUUUUAUUUACGUACUGUAAUUGUCAAUUAUUUUUUUUAUUAAGAUUACUAUUAUUAUUUAGAAUAAAGCAACUAUUUUAAAUAGUAUUUUUUCUUUCUUUUUUUUACUGCACAAAAAACAAAAUUGUAUACGAAAUAAGAUUGCUCUAUUUGCAUACAUGAAAUAUGUAAUUAAC